UCUCCCGCCUCAUGUGAGCCAGGGUCGCUGCAGCUCAUUCGUCCCCGGCUGCACGCCUCGUUCCUCGGCUAAGAAGAAGCGGUAGCCAAACUGGACACCGAGGAGACGCAGCAGCAGCAGCCGAGGAAAAGACGUAUUUGUGCGGAAAAUGUUUGCAGACUUGGCAGUGUCCCUGGCGGUCCUGGUGGGCGUAGUUGCCCUGAGUGACGGCACUCGAAGGGCCUUGUGGCGGAUCUUCGCGGGAACGAGUGUGCGCGCGUACGCGGGGGAGCUCGUGUCUACCUUCCAGCUGUGCUGCUGCACGCACGAGCUCAGGCUGCUGUCCGAGAUGGGCGUGGUCCCUGCAGGUGUGUCUCUGACGCUGACAUACCUGGCGGCGGUGACCCACGGUCUCACCUUUAGGGGGGCCACAGGCAACCCCAUUGGCACGGUCGAGCACGCGUACCGCGCCAGGAUCUCGGGCAAGGACGCGAUGCUGAAGAUCUCGUGCCAGUUUGUCGCUGCCGAAGGGGCGCGCGCCGCCGUGCAGGUGAUCUGGGGGCGGGGCUUGUCCGUCCUGCACACGCGCCACACUUUGAGCGGCUUCUGGUGCGCCAGCGCCAUACGCGCGCCUCUGCACAUGGCCGCGUGCGUGGAGUUCGCGUGCGCGUUCGCCGUUCAAACGGCUGUCACGCACACACGCGCUCUGGAGGAGAAGUACCGCGUGCACGCUAUCGCUGCAGUCAUCACGUCGGUGGUGUAUGCAGGUGGCAGUACGACAGGGGCAGUGUUCAAUCCAGCCUUGGCCUUCUCCACACUCUUUGGCUGUACUGGAAGCUCAUUGCUGGAGUACUGUGUGGUCUACUGGAUGGGACCCCUACUGGGAAUGACAUUCUCUGUGCUGCUCUUUGACAAACUGUCAAGCCAAGUGUCUUCUCAGUCGCCUCUGGACACCAUGAAGAGGAAGUGAGCAGCUUCUGUCCACGUCCGAAGUUGGACAAGACUAGUGAGCACCAUCUAGAGCACAAACUACAAGAAUGUGUGACUUUUUAGAUUGUAAUGAGCCUCACAUUAGUAGCCACUUCACUAGGUAUGCUAAGUCAAAAUACCAAUACACAAUACAAAUACUAAUGUACUCACGGUGAGAUAAAAGCUCAUAGUAGCUGUGUACCUAAUGAAGUGGCCAGUGUGUGUAUAAACAAUAGCAUGUUUGACAUUCCAGCACAGCUAGCAUGAUCUUUGAACUCAUCUACCUCAGUCACAUCAAUAUUAAAAAAAGUUCUGAUAGGUUGGCCAAGUUAGAAUAAUAUAAUAAAGCAGACGAGCAAACAAAUCUACAAAAACUAAUCUUUUAUUGACAAUUACAAGGAAGGAUAUGACAUGUUAGGUUGGUGUUUAGAUACAAAAACAACUUGUUUGACAGGAAUGGACAAUUCAAGUGACUACUAGCACACAUGCAAGACUACUGGGAUGAUUGACAGUGUCAGCAGGAAGUGCUGAUGGCCUUGUAGAAGUGCAGCUCCCAUGACGACGUUCAUCUACAGACACGGGAGUGGUCUGUUAAAGCCAUCUUAUGUGAGACAUGAGACAUGUGACUCACCAGUGGUCCACAUCUGCAUCCUCAAACUGACCCGCUUCCGCGGCAUCAGCAUCCACCUCCAUCCCAUCUGCACACAACAUGCACUCCAAGUCAAGGCCGCUGUGACACGAUAUAGGAUAUGAACGGAUCACGGCGGCGUCCAACCUUCAAACUCUGCGUUGCUUUGCUCCGUCCGCACGCCAGCCAUGUGAUAUUGCUGCGCCACGCUGUGGGCCAACAUGCCCUCCAGUCUCUCCAGCGUGGCCUGGCCCUCCUGCGUCAGUGCCGACAGACCCUCGUCGCACGUGUAGAAGGUGGGGAUGUCGGCGUGGCCAUGCUCUGCCGGGACGUAGAGAAGACGAAUGCUUAAAAUGACGUGUUUAAAUGUUGGAUGACGCGUGACUUACCAGCCUCUGUGGCGAGUACACGGCAGCAACCAGAGAUGCACAAGGAAAGAAACGCAUUUCAACUGUUAGACCCACUCCAUCGCAUUUUAGUGUGUGUGUGUGUGUGUGUGUGUCUGACCGGCCUCCUCCACAUCGUACUCUUCUCCUUCAAAGUCGUUGUCAGAGUCGUCGUCCUCUGGGUCAGGAUGCAGCGCCUGGCACUCGCACAUCGCCGUGAACAUGGAGUCCACUGCUCACACACAGAGACAUAGAGUAUGUUACCUAAGCAGCAUCAGAAACAUACAGUAUUUAUGCAACAUUUCAGAAAACUGGAGAGUUUUGUAGGAAAUAUCCCACUUGGUUCUACCUCCAAGUGUUGGAGUGCUGCGGUCAAACAAGUACGCCUUAGCCUGGCCACAAUAAAAGGCCACUAGAAAAUGUGCACUUUUAUCACACAGUACAAUGUGACAGAUGUCCCAAGUGUUGAGGGAGCGUGUGACAGUCAUGCAGCCUGCACUAAUGUACAUCUACCACAGCUGUUGCCUGUGAAGUCAACGUUCAUUUCUCCAAAUGCUCUUCAGAUAAUUCGCCAGCACAUCCAACCGGUCUCGCAACUUCAGACCACAUAUAACCAGACCAGCACAGGACAGGGAUGACUGAACAUGUACUGUAUAUUCAUUAAAGUUCAAAUAUCCAAUAUAAUUCCUAAUGAGUUCUCACAUGCAGUUUUGUCACCGGGCACAAAUCGGAUCUCUGUGAUGGGUCCUUCAUCAUCAUCAUCAUCACCACCGUCACUGCUGGCGUCAUCACCUUCCUCAUCAGGCGCCUUGUCUGCCAUUUCUGCCUCGUUCUCCUUCUCUGGGAGGGAAAGAGGGAAAAAAAACACCAGUGACAACGACGACUCCCAUGUCUGUAUGUGAAGGCUGCGGGUCUCACCACUAAGUUUUCCGUUGACCAUGACGUAGAGAUGCUCCUGAGGGUAUGCGCUAACGUCUCUGGAGAUGGCGUGCAGGCCAAUGGUGGGGUACUCCAGACAGAAACCCAGUCCGGCACCGUCGAACCAUGACAGACGCCUGCAGAGUGAAAGAGACACCAUUUGUUUUUAGCAGUGAAGCUGAAACUUGCACUGAAGUUGAGAAUCAUGUUCAUACAUGCAUUUUUGUAUUUUACUUUGAAAGACACCAGUUAAGGACGAGCUAUGAUGCAAAUUCUGGUAUCAAUCCGAUACCAAGUAAACACAAUGUGAGCAUAACUGAUCAGGAUACUUUUUACUUGACAGUUUUUCAGAUUUUUUCCUUUAAUUUGUUCAUAAUCACAAUAAAACACAAGACAAUUCCAGGCAAACAUUAAAAAUAUACUUAAUAAAUAUAUAUAAACAGUAUAUAAUGUAAAAACAUGUAAU